AUGGAUUUAUCCGUAAGAGAUGUCAAUGAACCAUGUGGUGAUGUGGUAAUUGUUGAUCGUAAACAGCAUAAUACAAAUCGUCUGUCCACUGAUGCCAAUAAUCCUGUAAAUAACAAUGACGAUUUUGAUGAUGAUGAUGAUGUUAAGAUGGACAGUCUGGAUAACUCAUCUCUUAGACUAAGACAAAUGAAGUCGACUCGUGUAACUGAAAUAUCUCAAUGUUCUGUUGAUGGACAAAUUCAUCAAAGAGUAACGAAGAUGGCGCACACCAGUAUGAGUAAACUAUAUUCCGAUGGAGAUGCACAGAAACAUCAAUUUGUCAAUCAUAUUGAUCAAAACGUCUCAUCAACAGCUGUCGACUCAGACUACAACUACUACUAUCGUUUAUGUUUUACAACAGCUUUAAUGCUAAGACUAGUAUUAGUGAUAUUUUCUGUAUGGCAAGAUACAGUUCGUUGGCCAGAUGGUCAAUUACGCUUCACUGAUGUAGAUUAUGAUGUGUUUGCAGAUGGUGCAAGAGCUUUUCUCGCUGGGAAGAAUAUGUAUAUUGAACGUCCAACCUAUCGGUAUUCCCCACUGAUUGCAUUAGUCCUGGCUCCAGGAUAUUGGUUAUUCUCUGAUAAUGGUGAAUAUUCAGUGGCGAAUAGAACAGUUGAAGGAGGAAAGUCAUCGAUUCUUCCUGCCCUAGCUCAUCUAUGGGGUAAACUGAUCUUCAUAAUGGCUGAUUUACUCUGUGGUUAUUUACAAUAUAUAAUUAUUCAUGACAAACUUAUUAAAGAUCGUGUGGUCAAUCGUCAUCCUGAUCAGAAAACUCAACGAACUUCACUGUCAUUCAUUGCAAGUCGAUUAGCUAUAUCUCUGGUUGCAUUCGGUUGGUUAUUCAAUCCUGUGACAGCUGUAGUCUCUGUUCGUGGUAAUGCAGAUGCAUUGCAAAGUUGUCUUGUCAUAACCUGUCUAUGGUGCAUACUGAAACGUCGUAUUGCUUUAGCUGGACUUCUCUAUGGAUUGUGUAUUCAUCUGAGAAUAUAUCCAAUCAUCUAUGCACUGUCUAUCUAUUUAUGGCUUAUGAAAGAUGAUGGGCAGAACAAGGUGGUGGUCGAGCAUUUGGAGAAGACGAACACGAAGAAGGUUGAUGAUAGUAAAGAUUGUCAGACAUUCAACAGUCAGUUAAGAAGUUUAAUCUUCCUUUUUACAAAAUUACCUAAUCGAAAUCAUUUUAUAUUUGGCUUCAGUUGCCUGUUGAGCUUGAUCACAUUGACUGGAUUGUGUUAUGCAUAUUUCGGUGGAAUGUUGUUUCUUCAACAAGCCUGUCUGUAUCAUUUCAGUCGAUCAGAUUUCAAGCAUAAUUUUGCACCACAUUUUCUAACUGUGUAUUUACUCUCUGGACAAAAAUGGUGGUUAACAACAGCAGCAGCAGCAGCUAGUAGUGGGGAAGUUAUUCCCACUGGAGCGGGGUGGGAUGUUAAUCAUCGUAAUUGGUUGAGUAUGCUGUGGAGUAAUUUGACUAAUUCAUUGAUUCACUGGGGCAGUGGUAGUAGUACUGGUAGUGUUGAUAAUCAAUACUCUGGUUCAAUGAAUGCGGAGAAUUCAUUAUCAUUAUCGCUAUUAUUGGAGAAUCUCAGUACAAUUAAUUUAAUGGAAGGCAUUUUCAAGAUUGCUACAGUUUUACCGUGUCUACUGUUAAUACCAUCUUUAUCGUUGAAACUUCACUCCAAUCUUGGUCUCUGUUGGUUUGUGCUCACGUAUAUGUUUGUGACAUUUAAUAGGGUAAGUUGA